CACACUGAAAGAGGAAGGGAGAGGGAAAGAACCAAGGCAACGGACACAUUAACAAGCACACUACGGUCACACACACACUCAGAGGGCAGAGGAAGGAUCAGAGAAAACUAGGGUUCUGGGUUCUGAUGGUUCACCGAGGGAUUGAUGCCUGCUUCAGAGGAGACGACUCACUGCGGAGAGGAGACCGAGACCUCUGACUCGAACUCACUUUAUUUUUCUUUUGCCAGUCAACAGCUUCAUGGGUGAAAGAUGAGUCUCCCGUUGCCUGGCGAUUAUAAGCGACUCAGUGAUUCUGCUGCGAGGGUGGAUGUUUCCCAGCAGACCCAGUGACACUCACACGUGCCUCCUGCUGAAUGCGGAAAGCCUAGGAUGGAAGACCCACCAAGUGCUGCUCUGAGGCACUGGAACGACACUCUCAACCUCCACAACCUCACCAACAAUCAUCUCACCUCCUCCUUUGCACACACUAGCUGCUUCACCACCAUCACCAACCAGACAGGGACCACCGCCACUGGCUGACAAGAUUCCAGGAUGUUCGUGAAUUUCCGCCGGAUACGAAGAUGCCAGUGUGUGCAGCUGAUGACCACCUGCUUGGUGCUGUCAGUGGUGAUGGUUUGCUGGGAGCAACUGGACAACAGUGUUGUCAACCACGUCAAGUCGUACUCCUAUCGCUACCUGGUCAACCGCUUCACCUACAUCAACAAGAGCCUCACCAUCCCACGAGAGCAGGCCAAAAGCUUCAGCAACUUCCGCUACCUGCUGGACCACCCAGAUAAGUGCGCGAACAAGGACGUCCUCCUCCUCCUCUUUGUCAAAACGUCCCCAGAGAACAUUGAGAGGCGAAAUGCCAUCAGAUCCACCUGGGGUAAUGAGACCUACAUCCAAAAUGAGCUGGGAGUGACAGUCAAGGUGGUGUUCGCCUUGGGAGCGCUUCAAACCAAGAAGGACGAGCCCUCGUGGAGCAAGAGGAGUGGGGUCGGUUUCCAGGAACAGCUUGUCCACGAGGACCAUCUCCAUGGCGAUUUAAUCCAGCAAGACUUUUUGGACUCCUUCCACAACCUGACACUGAAGCUGAUCCUGCAGUUCCACUGGAUGCACAGCCGCUGCGCACAUGCCCGCUUCCUUAUGACUGCCGACGACGACAUCUUCGUCCACAUGCCCAACUUGGUGAGCUACCUGCAGGACGUGAGCAGCAGAGGCGUCUCAGACUUUUGGAUUGGUCGUGUGCACAGAGGGGCGCCACCAAUCCGCAGCAAAGACAGCAAGUACUACGUCCCCUUUGAGAUGUACCAGUGGUUGUCCUACCCCGACUACACAGCCGGGGCUGGGUACGUUGUCUCCGGGGACGUAGCGGACAAAAUCUACCAAGCCACGUUGACCCUGAACGCCACCAUUUACAUAGACGAUGUGUUCAUGGGCAUCUGCGCCAACGCCAUCGGUGUGUCACCGCAGGAGCACGUCUAUUUCUCAGGUGAGGGCAAAGCGCCAUACCACCCUUGUAUUUAUGACCAGAUGAUGACCUCACAUGGACACGUGGAGGAUAUCUACGACCUGUGGAAAGCAGCGACCCACCCACAGGUGAAACAGAGGACCUCCGGACUCAUAGGGAGGCUGUAUUGCACUGCCGUGAAAAUGUCUCUCCUUUGUAAACCUUACUAUUUUAACACUUACCCUUGUAAAGCAGCCUUUUUGUAGUAUCCCUUCAGGUUUGUGUGGGUGUCAGUGUGUGAGGGAGUGUGUCACAGGUCGUAAAUAAAAGAGGAUCAUCGCUGUGAAUAUUACCUCAGUCCCUUCAGUCGGACACCAAUGUCAUAACACUGGAGCGAGUGUUUUGUGUUUCCAGAGGCAAAGAGGCCAGGCGGUCCACGUUUGUCACUGUUAGAGAUCGUCAACACGUCAGUGACCUCGAGUCUCGUUGGUUUAAUCAUGAGGUAGUCCUGGUUGUCUGUGAGGUAGUCCUUAUUUUGAUAAAUAAACUCAUGUAUUUCCAAUUUCAGCCACUUGAUAAAUACUGUCUUGGAUUUUGAACCCUUCCACUGCUAUGAUACAAAAAAACAUUUUCAACAUCCCCUCUACGCUUUUAAAAAACGACUGGGGACCUACGGUGUUGGAGGUCUGUGUGUCUGAUAUGACGAUGCGGAGCAAAAGUAACAUUUAGAUGUGAUGUGAUAGUUAGUGAUGUGUGAGUCAGCGUAAGAACAAUAUCCUGUGGGUCAGUUACGUACCAGCCCUUAAAAUGUCUCCACGUCAUGAAGUGCAAAAUUCCUCACAGUGAAGCAGAAUUACGAACAGCUCCCGUGCUGAGAGAAUGAUGAAGUAAUGAUGGGCAACAAAGUGUUCUAACUUGGCAAUUUUGUUGGUGUAAGAUCCCUUUUUUGUAAUCAAAUUUGUGACAUUUGUGACAUAAACAUGUUUUUUAAUUAAAUAAAAAGUCAAAGUGUUUUAUUA